AUGGGUGCAGUUCGCCUCAUCUCCACCAGUGCCGGGAGGACGAGCAGGAGUUGUGAGCCCAAAGAAGCUGUAAAGUACUUCUUCAGAGAGGGAGCGAGAGACGUGUUUGUGUACAGCAGCAGGCGCACGCACAUGGCGCAAAGCCGAAGCAAGGUGUCAGGAAUGCUUCCUGUCCUUUUGCUUUCUGGACUGAUCCUGGCUCUGUCCAUCCCUGACCCCACAUCAGCAUCUGCCACUCUCAAGUUCCUGGAGGAGACGGUGAAGGUGGUCAAUGAGAGUUCAGACAGUGUUAUUCGACUCACUGUAGGAAAGGAGGGGGAUCCCAUCAAUGUGACCGCUUUAGUCCGGCUGGAGGGAGAAGAUACAGGGGAUUUUAUAGACCCAGUGCGUCCAGUAAUUCUGACGGCCAAUGAAUACAGAAAAAUCAUCUUUAUUUCUGUGAAAAAUGAUGACCUCCCUGAAGCAGAUGAGACAUUUACAUUUACUCUUGAAAUCCAGGACUCUUCUAAUGGUGUUACAAUCGGACAACCUAAUAAAGCUACAAUUACCAUUCUCUCUAAUGACAAUGCCUUUGGAAUAAUAUCCUUUAACUCUACAGAGGAAUUAGUGGUUGCUGAACCCAGAGGGAGAAAUGUCAGUGUGCCUUUGACUCUGUUGCGACAAAAGGGAACUUAUGGCACUGUGACGCUUUCAUUUGAGGUGAUCGCUGUCACAAUCACCUCAAAUGCCAGAGACGACCUCAGUCCAGACCAUGGAAACAUCACCAUCCCAGUGGGACAGUCCUCUGCGCAGUUCAGCAUCAACAUUAAAGAUGAUCUGGACCCCGAGGAUGACGAGGUGUUUAUGGUCACGCUCACAAACGUGGCAGGAGGCGCUCUGCUGGGUGCCGCUAACAGUGUCCAGCUGAGGAUUCUGCGUAAUGACAGUCCAUUGCGUUUCACACAAACCUUUUUGACCGUCCCAGAGUCGGCUGGAGUCAUCGCCCUCAACGUCACACGCGGGCAGAUGAGUGAACUGGACACACUUGUUGGCUCCUUUGACUCAGAGGUUUCUAUUGAUUACAUGGUAGUACAAGGUGGUGCUACGCUGGGGCUGGACUUCAUUGAUCUGCAGCCUUUAAGAACUGUGACAUUUGCACCAUUUGUCAACAAAACUAGUCUUUUCUUCAAUAUUAGCGAUGAUACAGAUCCAGAAAUUGCUGAAUCCUUCUACAUUAAACUGUUGAAAGAUACUAUCCGGGGAGAUGCAGUAUUAGUGUCACCCUCUGAAGUGCACGUCACUAUUGAACCGAAUGACAAAGCUUUUGGAGUGUUGUCGCUCAGCAGUGGUGUCAUGAUACAACCACUUAUCAUCGAUGAAGACUCGAUAUCGAGGUUUGAGGGGAUUGUCAUAGUGAGAAACGGGGGAAGCUUUGGUAAUGUCUCGGUCAACUGGACCAUAAGCAGAAACUCCAGCUCGACCAUUCCUGUGUCUGAGGAUUUGGGCCCCAGUUCAGGAACUGUACAUUUCGCUGCUGGACAAGUGACAGCUGUGAUCCCUUUGAGUAUCGUGGAUGACAAUGUACCUGAGGAGGCAGAGGCUUUUUUGUUCAAGUUAUUGCCAAAAUCUGUCACUGGGAACGCGGAAGUGGAUGAACCAAUGGAGAUGGUGCUUUACAUCCAGGACAGUGAUGACGUGUAUGGGUUUUUUCAAUUUGAUUUAAACAAAGAGCAGAAGAUCCAGAGCCAGCCGGAGGGACGGUUUCUGUCCCUAAACCUGCGGCGCGGUGGAGGAACUUUGGGAGCUGUCUCUGUGUCUAUCACUGCUCUGUAUAUUCCUGCGGGUCCAGUAGACCCAGUCCGAGCUAAAGACCAGAUCCUGAAUGUUAGCAGGCCACUUAACAUAGUCUUCUCCAGUGAGCAGGAGCUGGAGUCGCUGGAGUUGGUGGACAUCAAACCCUCUAUUUCGUCUCAAAGCCCAAGAUUUGAAGGACCACUCAAUGUGACGCUGACCAUCACAUCUGAUAUUGCCAAUGGAGAAAUCGGCUUUAUAAGUAACAGAACAGUGGAGGUGUUUGAACCAGAGCACAGUAAUAGUACUGUGGUGAGUCUUCCUCUGCGGCGUGAUGGGACAGACGGUAAAGCGGAGGUGUUUUGGAGUCUCCGCCCCAUCGGUGCCAACGCUGAAGAUGUCACUACCAGAGACCUGAGACCUUUUAAUGGGACUGUGGUUUUCCUAUCUGGACAAAGUGACGCGUCGAUCAACUUCACUGUUUUUGCUGAUGAUAUCCCUGAAGUUAACGAGACUUUGCUGAUCACUCUUGAUAGGACAAAUGUUGAAAACCAAAUUCUCAAAUCUGGAUUCAUUAGUAGAGAAAUUAUCAUUAUUGAGAACGACAUCCCAGGAGGAGUUUUUGAAUUUGCUGAAUCUUCAAAAGGCCCGUUUAUUAUUGAAGAAGGCGGUAGUCUGGAUCUCCGUUUGGUCCGGACAAAUGGAUUGCUGUUGAAAAUAUUUCUGGAUUAUUCAGUUGUCUCUCUCCAUCAAUCGGACAAUUUUUCCGCGAUCACAUCGGAGUUUGCUGGUUCUGUUGGCCCCUUGUAUUUUAAUCCAGGGGAAAGAGAGCACUCUAUUGGACUGAUCGCAAAUAAAGAUGGGAUCCCAGAGCUUGAUGAGAGUUUUGCCGUCGUACUUAUUAGCCCCAAUACUUCGCUCAGUCGCCUAGGCAACAGAACGCAGGUCAACGUCACAGUGCUGAAGAGCGAUGACCCUUUUGGGAUCAUUGAAUUUGUCAACCCAAACCAAACAAUGGCCAUCAAUGAGAGCAGAGGCAGCAAUAUUCAUGGAGGGGUUUACCCAGUUAUUAGAAGAAAGGGCACUUUUGGAGCGGUCUCUGUGUCCUGGUCAGUUGAACCAACGACAACAAAAGACGUUAGCCCCACUGAGGGCAUCAUAACAUUCAUGGAAGGAGAAUAUCUCAAAAACCUCUCACUCACUUCUGUACCUGACGAGGUGCCAGAAGAUUUGGAGAAUUUUACUAUUAACCUGUUAAACGCCACAGGAGGAGCUAAACUUGGGAAGUUCUUCAGUGCCGAACUCAUGAUUAAUAAGAAUGAUGACCCUAUAUCUUUCUCUGUGCCAGUCGUUGUACAAGUUGAAGAAGGAGACAUAGCCAGCUUCACUGUGUUCCGAGCGGGGCCAGCGGACUACGCCACCUCAGUCAGGAUCCGUGUGGACUACGGUGAUGCUUCCUCUGACGACUUCACGCUGAUGAGCAAUGACACCGUGCUGGUGUUUGAGAUUGGUGAACGGGAAAAGAACAUUUCUUUAUUUGUCAAAGAGGACGACAUACCAGAGGACAACGAGCGCUUUUACAUUAUCCUGCAGAAUGCUACAGGUGAUGCUGUUGUGCAUGGAGCAGACACAGCUACUGUCGUCAUCGCGGCCAAUGACGACGCCAAUGGGAUAUUUUUGCUGGAUCCUCUCUCAAAACCUGUUGUGGAGGGUGGAACAAAUAGCUUUGAAGUUCUGCGUUCCAGGGGAAUCUUCGGUAAUGUUACAAUCUUCUGGCAGUUGUAUAGCAAUGACUCAGUAACUCAGCUGGAGGAAAGACAGGAGUUUACAAACACUUCUGGCACAAUAACUUUCACCUCACACGAGAAGAGAAAAGCUAUUAUCUUGGAAGCCAUUUCAGACAAGCUGCCAGAAAUGGAUGAGUUUUACGUUCUCAGACUUGUCAAUAUCACGGGGGGUGCCGCACAGUUAGAUAUCUCUACUUUGAAUGCAACAGUUCUCAUUCCCCUCAAUGAUGACCCAUUUGGUGUCUUUGCAAUCGCUGAAGACAACUUGGACCAGGAAGUAGCAGAAGAUGUGCUGUCAGAGACUGAUAUGGCAGAUGUUGCUUCUUUUACGAUCUUACGGCAGCAGGGCACUUUCGGGGACGUGCGUGUUGCCUGGGAGAUUGUUUCUGGACACUUUCCUGAAGGUCUCCCUCAGAUGGAUGACCUGCUCCUUCAAGCCUCUUUCCCCGAUGCAGUGGAGCUUCGGCCUUUUGAGCGGAGACACCACUCGGGCACAGACGCACGGUUCUUCUCUGGAGGUCCUGGAGCUUAUGGGGUGGUCUCUCCUGAAGACAGCCCAGCUCCUCUGGGCAACUUCACGUUUUCUGCUUGGCUGAACCCUAAAGCAGAUACAGAUGGUUUCAUAAUUUCUAAAGGAUAUGCAAAUGGGACACUGUGUUAUGGGGUCAGAGUUCAGACUAACGACUCUCAUGUUACCGUUAUGCUGUACUACACGGCGACUGGCUCCAACAAAACUCAAGUGGCCCAGGCCUCCGCUGAGAAGUUUUUAGAGGAAAAGAUGUGGAUCCACGUGGUUAUAAUAGUAGACGACGGCCUUAUUGAGUUUCUACUUGAUGGGAGCUCUAUACCUGGAGGAUUAAAGAGCAUUAAAGGAGAGGGCAUUGUGGAUGAUCCAGCUCCCAUGUUCGUUGGUUCAGAUCCUAAUGGACAGCAGCGUUUCACUGGGGUUCUGCAAGAUGUUCGCCUUUAUGGAUCUAAACUGAACCGCAGUCACAUCCAUGAGCUCCACAACCAGCCUGCUAAAACGGACCUCAGGAUGAUCUCUGGUUACUUGCGCUACCGCCAAGAUGAGAAUGAAAAAUCAUUUGUGGUAGAGGUCAGGGAUGACCCUGAGGUGGAGGGUGAGGAGGUUUUCUAUCUGCAGCUCAUUGCUGUGCACGGAGGAGCUCGCCUGCCACACCCCAAACCCACAGCCAUUCUGAGAGUGAUGAAAAGUGACUUUGCAAAUGGGCUCUUUAGAUUCACCGGUUCCUGUACUCCUAAUAGCCCAGACAAUACUCCAGCUCAUCAAGACUUUGUCAAUGCAACUGGUACUGUGCGUUUUGCACCAGGACAGAGCUUCGAGGCACUGAAUUUACUGGUUUUUGAUGAUAAUCUCCCAGAGUUGAUAGAGACCUUUAAAAUAAACCUGGUAUCUGCUGAGUCCGGUGAUGGGAAACCAGGAUCUACCCCAACUAGUGGUGCCAGCAUUGACCCCAAUAAUUCCACCACCAGCGUCAGCGUGGUAGCAAAUGACUACCCCUAUGGCCUUUUGCAGUUUGAACCGACUAUUCCUGGAGAUGGUUUGAUUCCUGCAGCAACAGAGCCAGCUCACAUCACUGUGAACGAGGAAGACGGAGUGGUCCAUUUGCCAGUGGUCAGAGCUCAAGGCCUUUUGGGCAGGGUCAUGGUCAGCUACAGAACUAUCCCCUUUACAGCUUCCAGCCCUGAGGACUAUGAGGAUUCAGAUGGUCUUUUGGACUUCCUUCCUGGGGAAAGAUUGAAGUUUAUUAACGUCACCAUUAUAGAUAAUAUUGCUCCUGAGCUUGAGAAAGUGUUCAGAGUGGAGCUUUUUGAUGCAGUUGGAGCCAGCCUCGGUGUUGCCUCCCGCCUCACUGUCACAAUUGCAGCCUCAGACAAUGCCCAUGGGGUUUUUGAUUUUAGCCCAAAUUCUCUCUAUGUAAUCGGAACAGAACCUGAGGAUGGACAAAAUACCGUUUUUCUUCAGGUUGACCGCUCAUUUGGGGAUCUCUCUAACAUCACUGUUUACUGGGAAGUUGACCCUAGCUCUGAAGGAGAAGUUGUUAACAGAUUUGGAAAUCUUACUUUUGCUGUGGGUCAGACAUCAAAGAACAUUACAAUCCUCAUUGCUCAGGAUGAGGUUCCAGAACUGGACGCAAGUUUCACCGUUUCUCUGGUCAACGUUUCUGCGGGGCGGCUGGGUUUUCAGACAUCUGCCACUUUAUCUAUUUUGGCCAGCGAUAAUCCAUUUGGUAUGUUUGUAUUUGCCAACGCCACAAAGCCCAUCUGGAUCUCUGAAGCUGACUCCACUGUGGACUUUACAAUCCUCAGACAAAAAGGAUUAAUGGGAGAGGUGAAUGUUACGUUCGGAACAUUGACUGAAGCCGAACCAGCCCCGUUUGCAACCCAGAGAGUUGGACGCGCUACUGAAGGGCAAGACUUUGUUCCUCUUUUUGGUUCAGUCGUGUUUCUGGCCAAUCAGACUGAAGCAAAUAUUACAUUACACAUACUCGAUGAUGAUGUAGCUGAAAGAAACGAGUCAGUGUUUGUGAAGCUGAUAAGGGUUCAGCUAAUCAAAAGCCCACAAGAAAGAACUGUUUCAAAUUCACCUUCUCUCGGAGCCAUCUCAAGCAUCGUGUCCCAGGUCAUCAUUGAAACAAGUGAUGACGGUUCUGCAAUCCUCCAGUUGACCUUUCCCACCAUCACCAUACCAGAAGAUUCUAAUGGACCCUUUAUGAAAGUCACUCGAACAGGAGGGAUGUUUGGAAGUGUCUCUGUGAAGUUUGAUGUGUUGGAUGGCACCGCUAAUAUCAAAAAUGACUACAUUGUGGCCUCAACUGAUGUACUCCUACUUGAGGAUGAAUCCAGUAAAUAUAUCCCCAUACUUAUCAUUGAUGACAAUGAGCCUGAGAUCGAGGAGACCUUUCAUGUUGUGCUCAAAAAUGUGACCACUGGAGGUGCUGUUCUCGGCCCACUCACUCGGGCUACUGUUACCAUAUUGCCUUCUGAUGAUCCUUUUGGUGUCUUUGUUUUCCGGGCUGAUCCACUCACAAUUGAAGAGCCUGUUUCAAACUCGACUGAAGUUACAUUAUCUGUAGUCCGUAGCGCUGGGCUUACAGGGACUGUUGUAAUCCAAUGGCAGGCAACAGUAAAUGGUCAACUAGCAAAUGGAGACAUCCGACCCACUUCAGGUUUUGUGAGUUUUGCUCCAGGAGACACGCUAAAGUUACUAAAAGUGGAAGUUUUGCCUGAUGAUGUGCCAGAAGUUGCAGAGAUAAUAAAACUGGAGCUUACCAGUGCCAGUAAUGGAGGGAGGAUUGGUGCCAAUAAGUCUGUGAAUAUCGUAGUUCCUGCCAACGAUAAUCCUUACGGGACAGUACGUUUCGAUCAGUCUGUUUACCUUGUUCAAGAGCCAUUGGAGGGUUCUUAUAGAGCGAACAUUGCUGUACGCAGGAGUGGCGGACAUUUCGGUCGUUUGGAAAUAACAUACAGCACAUUUGAGACUGAUUUGGUCGGCUCGGCUCAAGACCGUGGCCAAGACCUUCUGGUUUACUAUGAAGCACCAAAAGCAGGAGUUGUGUCCAGCUUAUCUCAAAGAGCAGCCAAUGUAACCGGCCAAGGAGACCCAGUCAGUGCCUGUGCAGCGCUGUGCCUGAGGGAGCCCGCAUGCCAUGCUUUCUCCACAUCGUCUGCAUCUCCAUCAUGCGUAUGGGUGACCGCAGCGGCUGAAAUCCUCACACCAAAUCCCCAGUUUGUGACUUAUGUGAAAAAUGUCACCGCUGCUGCUGUAUUGUUCAGUGGUCGAGCAGAGCCUGAAUCCGACUACACCCCGGUGGCCAAUCAAAGUGCUUAUUUGGAGGAUCGAGCUGAGGUGACCAAUCUUACUGUGCCAAUACUGACUGACAAGAAGGCAGAAAUGGAUGAGAGAUUUUCUAUUCAGAUAUUAAAGGUUCAGUUGGUGAAUGUCAUCGCAGCACCACAAAACUUGCCGUCAGUUGGACAGCCGGACAAAGCUGAAGUGAUUAUUGGGAUGAAUGGAGAUGCCUUUGGUGUUUUUGUACUGUACAUGGUUCGUCCUGGAGCCGCUAAUGAGGAGCGCUUCCUGGAGGUGACAGAGGAGGCGAUGUCGGAGGUGCCUUUGGUGAUUGAGAGACGUGGGGGAAACAUGGGAACGGUCAGUGUCGAGUGGAGAGUAGUCGGAGGCACAGCUACAGCAGAUGAAGAUUUCACUGGUUCUGGAGGCACUCUAGUUUUUGAUGGGGAUUUGAAGAAGACCGUAGUAGUUCAAAUCAAGGAUGAUGAUAAACCAGAAGACAGUGAAGUCAUCAUGAUUGGUCUCAUUAAUGCAAAAGGAGGAAGUCGAAUAAUGCCCAACUCUGACUCUGUAACUAUUGUGAUAUUGGCCAACGAUUAUGCAGCUGGGGUAAUCCGAUUUCAUCCAGAUUCGCAGUCUGUUGUUGCGAGAGAGGGCCAGACCGUGACUUUGCUGUUGGAGAGAACAGCUCCAGGAUUUGGAAAUGUCACCGUGGUUUGGACUAUAACUGGGCCGAGAGUGAGGCAAACCUUCACACAAACAUCAGGAAGACUUUUCUUUUCACAGGGACAGCUGAACACCACAAUAGUUGUGGAUCUUCUGGAUGACGCUGCUCCUGAAAACAAAGAUGAAUACACAGUAGUAUUAUCGGAUAUUAACACCUAUGGAGUCGGGGUGACCGGCCAUGCUGCUGUAGAUGCUGAAGGCAGAGAGGCCGUGAUUACAGUGGACACUAGUGAUGAACCCUUUGGCAUGUUAACCAUUGCUCCGUCAUCACAGAGAGUGACCACAGAGGAGCAUAACAAGAUUGUAAACAUCUUCAUCAACAGAGAAUUUGGUGCAUCAGGAGCUGUGAACAUUUCAUAUGAAGUUAUGAGAGGAUCUCUUCAGAACCUGUCCCUUGUCGAGGGAAAUCUUGCCGAGCCUGGAGAAGAUUUUAUUGCUGAAAGUGGUUUUGUCAUCCUUCCAGAUGGGGAAACAUCUGUUGCUAUUCCUGUCACAGUGCUUGAUGACAAUAUUCCAGAAAUAAGAGAGUUUUUCUUGGUUAAUGUAACAUCUGCCGUACUUAUCACAACUCUUGCUACAAAUCCCCAACUUGAUGCUGCUGGUUUGGUGGCUGAGAUCAUCAUUACUGCUAAUGAUGGUAUUAGAGGUGUCAUUGAAUGGACAAAUACAAUAUAUGAGGUCAACGAAACAAUUGGGUCGUUGACUUUGGUAGCAUACAGGUACAAAGGAACUUAUGGAAAUGUGUCACUGAUCAUUACCGCUCAGAAUUUAGAGGCUCAAUUGGGAUUGGACUACAACAUCAGCGAAACUAUGCUCCACUUUGUUGAUGGCGAAAGAUUGAAACUUGUUGAAGUGCAGAUCAACGACGACGAUAUACCUGAGAGAGCUGAACGUUUUCAGUUGAUACUUUCUCAGCCUUCCCAAGAGAUGGUCUUAGGCACAAAUACAACAGCCACUGUGAACAUCCUGGCAAGUGACGAUGGAAAUGGUAUUAUUUCCUUCAACUCCAGUGAGCCCUUUGUUUUAAAAGAGCCGACUGCAGCAGCUGGACUGGGUGAAAGCACGGCCACUCUGUAUGUCGUACGGAACCCUGAGGAAGGUCUAUACGGCACUGUGAGCGUGCAGUUUACCAUCUUUGACGCCAACGGGAGCCUGGCGGACAGUGACCUGAGCCCAGCACAAGGGCUGGUGGUGAUGGAAGAAGGAGUGAGAUUCAAGAAACUAGAAAUCUUGUCAGUUUUGGAUGCCGAACCAGAGGCAAAUGAAACCUUUCUGGUGGUUUUGUCAAGUCCAACUGGAGGUGCGAGACUUGGAAAUCAACUUGAAAUUACCAUCACCAUAUUAGAGAACAUUGCACCAUCCGGUUUAUUUCGAAUCGGGCCAACUUUAAACAGAACAAGAACUGAAGUGACGGCUGAAGAAGGCAAGACCGUUUUUCUCACGGUCUCUCGCAGUAAUGGUCUUGAUUCAGCUGUCAGUGUAGAAUGGGAGGCUAAAUCGGCCACUGCUGUAACAUCAGCUGGUCCCUUCCAAAUCUUUGGUGUGUAUCAGAGUUUUGAAGACCACUCCACUGCAGCUUGGUGCUCUGUUCCCCAUGACCAAAGCCCUCUCAUUAUGAGGCUCGACAUGAACCCAGCUAUUGGAUCAUCACACACUCUGGCCACUCUCUACCAAUGGCAGGGUGUUUUUGUGCCUAUUAUGUCUGUUAAGAUUCAGAAUCCAAAUUCUUGUGUUGGCUUUGCGCACAAUGGCUCCACCUUCAUUGGGGUCACACACAGCGGGCCUCCUUUCAGUCCUGCUGCAAAUCUGAGCAUCUUCAAACUACAACAUGACCUGAACAUAACAUUGGAGCAAACUGUUGGCAUUGAAGCAUCUGCGAUUAAGCACGUUUUCAUUGAUGGCAGACAUGUUUUGAUAGCAUCCAGUCAGGUUUUUGUUUGGAGUGAGGGUACCUUGUCUCUUUUGCAAACACUAGACUUUCAGCAGGACGUUGUCAGUGUCACCACAUUUGCAGAAGCGGGUCAAAUGCACCUCUUUGUGUGCAUCGACCGGGAGACUGACAGCUGCCUCAUCCUUACAUGGGCCAAAGGCAGGUUUCAGGAUCCACAGCCCCUCCCACUGACUGGAAGAGGAACCCAGGUGGAGCAGGUCCAGACGAGGACAAACGGCACUCUUCUUCUUGUCCUAAAAAGAGAUCCGACUGCAUCAUGUGAGGUGUUCAGCCCUGGGCAGAGAGUCAAGUUCCUUCAGUCUAUCCCCCACCCUGACGUCACCUCAGUACAUGCCUACAGCGAUGCUUCAGGAGCAGUGUAUGUACUCCUAUCUGGAAGCAAUGGCUCGUCCCUCUAUGCCUGGUGGUCGGACGUCAGCCUGUUCACAAGAAUCCUCAAGGCCCCUUCAGCCAACAGCUUUCUCUCUCUUAUGGUGCCAUCUCUGAACAGCACCAAGACUCUUCUCUUUUCAGCGGAAGACAGCCGCUCUAGGGUUUAUGAACAGACUUCUGUUUCCAUCCGCUCUGACUUUAUCCCCAGCUUUGGGGAGUUGCUCUUUGCACCAGGUGUCAGUGAGUUGGAGAUAGCCGUAAAUGUUAUUGACGAUGACAUCCCAGAAGUGGAGGAGUACUUUUAUGUCAUUCUGAAAAAUCCAAAAGGUGGAGCAGAAAUUGGAUUUGGUGGUCAGGUGACUGUCUUUGUCCCAACCAAUGAUGAUGCCCAUGGAGUCAUUGGUUUCCCCUCUAACGCCCAGUCAAUGGAAGUUGAAGAAUUGAUGCAAGAUUAUCAAAUAAACCUUAUUGUAGAGAGGAAGAGAGGCACCUUUGGCCAAUUGACAGUUCGAUGGGAUGCUAAAGGCAACGUGACAGACAUCAAACCUGAAUUCGGAGUGAUAACCUUUGCCCAGGACCAAUCAGAAUCCAAAAUACCAUUGACGAUAAUAGCAGAUGGUAUUCCAGAACUGACUGAAACUGUCAUUAUUACCCUCUCUGACGUAAUAAUGGAGGUGCAGGACCUGAAGAAUGCUGCAGUCAUUGACAAGCAACUGUUUCAGUUUUUAAUCACCAUCAAACCAAAUGGUUCUCCAUAUGGGGUCAUUGGCUGGCACCUGGACUCCCAGUUCACACAAACAAAUGAGUCACAAAGAGGUGCAACAAAUGUUACUCUGUCCGUUGUCCGUGAUCAGGGCUCGAUGGGUGAUGUUGCUGUUCACUAUCAAACCAGGCCAGCUUUGCAUUUACCUCCUUCCAAUCAAGCCACCACCGGACAAGACUACAUUGCCAGAACCAACACUGUUAUAAUGCCUGAGAGUGCCACUGUCGCAAUUAUUACAAUUACUAUAUUACCUGAUAACUUUCCAGAACUGGAUGAAAGUUUCUACGUGAACAUCACAGCUGUGGAGCUGGUCAGUGGUGCAGUGGGUCCAGGUCAGCCCAGCGUGAAAAGGCCAGGACUAGAACUUGCAGAAAUCGUCAUCCUGGAGAAUGAUGAUCCCAGGGGAGUAGUGGAGUUUAACGUGACAGAGGACAUACCAGGUGGAAAGUUUGCAUACGAGUUGCCCCCGCCAGACAAUAUUGUCCACCUCUCAACUGUAAGAAAUGCGGGCACUGUUGGAAGAUUGGUUUUAUACUGGGAAGCGCAGCCGAUCACUGCUGACACCAAUGAUUUUAGUCCCAUCUCUGGAAAUAUCACUUUUCUAGACGGCCAAAAAAAAGCUGACAUUGCCAUCACAGUUUUGGAUGACGAUGAAGUAGAAGCCUCCGAAACGUUUAGAGUGACGCUGCUCCAUGUGAUUGGUGGAGCUCGACUUGGAGAUUUCACUUCUAUAGUUUUAACAAUACCUCCCAAUGACUCACGAUUCGGACGCUUCGGAUUCAGUACAUCAGAGGUUACGGUGAGUGAGCCGGAGUUUGUAGACGAUCCAGCUGCUGUAGCCUCCCUGGUGGUGAUGCGCUCCUCUGAAGGCCUUGGGGCAGUCACUCUGAGAUGGCAGCUAGACCAAAGGGCAAUAGAAGACCUUCUGCCUCUGAAUGGGACUGUUGUUUUUACUGAGAAUGAGACCAUGAAGACCAUUGUAAUUCGAGUCCUUGCUGACACUAUACCAGAAGGAGACGAGCACUUUAGGAUUCAGCUGUUCCCUGUGGACAAAGAUGUCAUCGUUGACCCAAUAAAAGGCGUAGCUACAAUCACCAUCAAUGCAGAUAAAGCUGCUCUAGGGAUUGUUGGAGUGGAUGAAUCCUCCAGGAUCAUAAUCAUCGGAGAGCCUCGAGGACUGUACAAUGGGAGCGCUGUUGUCCGUCUUGUGCGAGGUUUGCCUGCAUAUGGAGAUGCCCUGGUGUACUGGAACAUUACACCCGCCAUAUCAUCUGAGUUUGAAACAAUCUCUGGAACUGUGACGUUUAAAGACAGACAGUCUGUGGCCACCAUCUACCUAAAGGCGCUGGAUGACUCCGUGCCUGAAGAGCGCAGACAAUACCUCCUGACCCUGACAUCGGCCACCCCAGGGCUCGAGAUAAGUCCAGUCGCCAGGCAGGCCAACAUCACAAUGGUAGCUAGUGAUAACCCCUACGGCACCUUUACAUUCAUUCAACAUCAGGUUUCAGCUUUGGAAGAAGAGGCAAUGGUCAAUGUGACAGUUACGCGGUCGUCAGGAGCCCUUGGCAGCGUGUUGUUGAGCUACGAGACCACAGGUAUCACGGCUGUCAGUGGAGUGGACUUUAAACCUGCUUCUGCGCAGCUUCUCUUCAAUGCAGGCCAAACUUCUCAGCACAUUACCGUUUAUAUCAAUGAUGACAAUGAACCGGAAGGCCCCGAGAUGUUUGUUCUAAAUAUCACUAAAGUGGAGGUUGCCAUUUCAAGUGAUGUGGAUUACAGCGUGAACGAAUUUGGACUUCAGCUUGACCAGCCUCCCAAGAUUGGGAACAUUUCUUCUAUUUCUGUUAUUAUUUUGAUAAAUGACAAUGCUGAAGGUGUUCUGGAGUUCAACUCAGAGUAUACUAACAUUACAGUUGAGGAGGAUAUCGGCUAUCUUUUGAUCCCAGUUUUGAGGAAGGUGGGCACGUAUGGACUAAUUUCUGCUCAGUACAUUUCAAUCGGGCUCAGCGCCACCCCAAUGACUGACUACAUCCUACAUAAUGGCUCAAUGACUUUCAUUGAAGGCCAAAACAACAGCUACAUAAACAUCUCUAUUGUAGAUGACCUUGACAGUGAACCUGCUGAGGUAUUCCAAGUCAUGCUCACAAGUGCCUCAGGUGGAGCUGUUGUUGGUUUGCAACAUGUGGCCAGUGUCACGAUUGCAAAGAGUGACUCUCCAAACGGUGUAGUGCGCUUUGUCAACGUGAGCGUGAUCACUUUGGCCAACCCUAACUCUACAAUGAGAAUUAGUCUUGUUCUUGAGAGAGCAGGCGGAUUAGUGGGAAACGCUACAGUCGCUUGGAUGAUUCGGGGUCCAAACAGCAAUGAGCUUCUUCCUCCAGCCAACACCGAUUUUAAAGAACCUGUUAAUGGGAGUUUCUCAUUCAAAGAUGGUGAGGAAAGCUCCUACAUCAUAGAUCUGCGUAUUCUUCCUCAUGGGGAAGUGGAGGUGGAAGAAACCUUUGUGGUGGAACUCAUGAUUUUGUCUGGAGAAAUGGAUGUUGAUCCUCAAGAAGGUUCCAUACAGCUAAAGAUUGAAAAAUUUGGAGACCCUAAUGGCAUUGUUCAGUUCACCGAGGACGCUUUAAAAGAACGAGUUUACGAUGAACCAACAGAAGAAGGAGGCCCGGUCAAUAUCACCCUGAUAGUGACUCGACGAGAGGGCGUCAUGGGAAACAUAACAAUCCAUUGGCAAAUCCAAAGUGACUCCGACACAACGGGCGACUUCAUGGUUUUGGCUGGUUCUGUGAUGAUUGCCGAAGGCCAAAGAGACACAGAGAUCAUCUUACACUUGAUGCCAGAUGCAGAGGCUGAGCUGGAGGAACUUUACAUCGUCCGCCUCACCAGCGUGGGCGGCGGCGCUACACUGGACGCUAACCCCCAGUUUACAAACACUCGCAUAAGGGUGCGGGCCAAUGAUGAUCCACAUGGAGUUUUUACCCUAAACCCGCAGCAUCAGUCUGUUGUAAUAAUCGGCUCGGGUGCAGAGACCAGGAGAGCCUUGAUGUUGAAUGUGACACGUUCGGGUGGGCUCUUUGGAAAUGCCACUGUGGGCUUCGGCAUCAAAGGAGGCACCGACACGGACGAUAUCCAACAGAUCCUGCAAGGACAAGCGCAGGGCAGAGUGUUGUUCAGAGAAGGAGAGGAGUUUGCUACUGUAACUGUGCCCAUUAGCAGUGAGGCAUUUUUGCUUUUGGGAGAUAGUUUUACUGCAGAAUUAACUGAUGUAAGACUUUUAAGCCCAACCUCCGCACCGCCUCCCACUCUUCAUUUUGCCGACAAUGUUGCUGUAGUUUCUGUACCUGAACAAGCCGCCAAUUCUGAGGUUGGCUUUGCUUCCACGGCUCUCAGUAUCUUAAGUAUCGGCACAGGGGCGUUUGAGGCAAUCAUUCUUAGAAAAGGACUGUUUGGGAACAUCACAGUGGAGUGGAAGUCUGGGUACCCCAAAGGACAAAGCCCCCGUGGGUUUACAAUGGGAAACAUUUUGCCAAGUUCAGGCCUCCUGACCUUUGUCCAUGGAGAAAAGGCUAAGACGAUACCCUUGGUUGCCACAGCUGACACAGUAGAACCUGCUGCAUAUGCUAUCCACAUAACCAAUGCCACCUCCACCAAUGUAAAGCUCAGAUCAGGAUUUAUUGUGGCAGAGAUAGAACCUCUUGGGAUUUAUCAAUUUGCUUUAGAUUCCCGUCAUAUUGUAAUUUCUGAGGACAUCCAGACCAUCACCCUCUAUGUCCAGAGGCUGUAUGGCUCACGCAGCAACAGGACACAGUUGUAUUAUCAAACGUAUGAUGGAAGUGCAACAGCAGGACAAGACUUUGCACAAGUCUCAGACGGACUUGUGGUUUUUGAAUCACCUCUUCAAACCAAUGCAUCCUUCCAGCUUUCUAUUUUGGACGACUCCCUAUCUGAGCCAGAUGAAUACUUUAACGUCAACCUCACUGACAUCACUGUGCCGUCUGUGGAUUCACGUUGGGCAGACACACCCGCUCGCCUCCAUCCUCAGCAUCGCCAGGCUACGGUCACUAUUCUGGCCAGUGAUGUGACAGGAGGAGUGCUCAGUAUUGGACCAGAGCUUGUGCAAGUGAAGGAAGAUGAUGAGACUCAGCUGGAGCACAAGGUGGUCCUGAGGGUGCGCAGGUCAGACAGUGCCUCUGGGUCUGUCAGCGUACAACUGCGGGCAUAUGGAGAUGGAAGUACCGUCCCCAUACCCUUUGCAUUGGGCCCUGUUGGGACUCUUGCAAAGGAGGGUGAAGAUUUUCACUUGCAGACGACAGAAGUGUCACUGGUGGAGGGUCAGAAUGAGACAGAGGUGGUUCUCUUCAUUCUGGACGACUCUGAGCCUGAAGGAGCAGAAGAGUUUUUCAUUUACCUCAGUGACCCAGAAGGAGGUGCUCAAAUCACUGAUCGACCAGUGCAGGGGUUCAAGGCUUUUGUUAGAAUCACCAUUCUUGGGAGUGACUUCCAUAAUGGUAUCAUAGGCUUUACUCUCAACUCAUUGGUGGGAAAAGUCUUAGAUGAAGAUUCAGAAAACAGAACUACUCUGCUCUACAUACAAAGACAGGGAAACAGAGCUUUUGAAGACUUACAGGUUUUUUGGAGAGCUACGUUUAGCAAAGAGUCAUUUAGUCUUGUCAAUAAUGGGGUCAACCUGACUGCCGAGCUCGUGCAGACUUCAGGUAGAGCCUUUUGCAGGAAAGGAGAAGUCAUCUGUGCAUUCACUGUAGAAGUUCAAGAUGACGAGGAGCCUGAGUUUCCCUCCUGGUUUUUAGUGGAAAUCUUUCAAGUGGGAGAGGGUGCGACAAUUAAUGAGACAUCUCAAUUUGCCAACAUUACAAUAGUAGAAAGUGAUGACCCACAGGGCAGUGUGUUCUUCGCUGUGGGCCAUAGGCUUCCCGUAGCCACUGUGUCCACAACUCGAUUAAACAUCCAAAUCCAUAGACAAGCAAGCACCUCUUCACCCAUGACGGUUUAUUAUCGCACUGUGGAACUUCCAAAAGAAGAAAUUGUUGGUCAAUCUGUGAUUUGGCCCGCUAAAGAAGAGACAGACUUUCCAAAACAAGAAGGGUUUCUAAACUUUGGUAUCGGCCAACGAGUGGCCUCUCUGGAAAUUAUUUUAACUCCAAAUCAAGCAUCAUUGUUGGCCACACCAAAGCGUUUUCAAGUGGAGCUGUACAAUGCUACAGAUGGGGCAAAAGUUCACCCUGUGUUUGGACGUGCUAAUAUCACGCUGGUGUCCAGUGAUGAGGCGGUGGUUGUGUGGAGUUUAUUGGACCAGUUACAACAACCUCUGAAUCCGAAUAUUCUGGACUCUGUGCUGCAAGAACUUAGUAAUGAGAUUACAUCUCCUGUAACGCAGGAGCAGUUGACAGCUGUAGUGGAAGCAUUGGAAAAGGUGCUUGCAGAGGCAGAGCGAGAACCUUUAGAAGAAAGAAGCCAGAAUCUGACUUACAGCCUGUUGUGUGCCCUGGCUGACCCCAGUCGAGCUGACACUAGAGGGCACAGUUACUUUGCUAAAGUAACAGAGAGAUUUGCCUUUUCUCUUUUAACCCAAAAGCAAUGUGCGAUAGGCGGCACCGUUCUACGUGCGUGCCCCUUUAUGUCCAUUUCUGCCUUCCAGUGGUAUCCAACUCAGAUCAAUGGCUACAAAUUCAGGGGAAGUAAUGCAGAUUUCUUCCAACUUCCUGACUUAUUGCUCACGGUGCCACCAGGGGUCACUGUGGACUGCAGCUACCUUAGUCGAAUCCACCUAAUUGAAUAUACGACUGAACACUGGUUUCUCUCUAAUAAUACACCUUUAGCACUUUCUGGAAAGGUUUUUUCCUCCAGCCUUCAAAACAGAAUCUCAGGACCGCUGGAACCUGGUAUUGAAGUGGUCUAUCGUAUCCACACUGCAGGUCAGCCUGUGAACCCUGGCCAGUCUCUGUGCCUUCUCUGGAAUCACACCACCGCCAGCUGGUUAUCAAAUAGCCAGUACUGCAGAGUUGUGAAAGAAAGUGGGAAUUAUGUGGAGUGUGCCUGUUCCCACUUCUCAAUCUACUCGGCCUAUGCAGAGAUGGCCUCUCUUGCAUCCUACAAUGAGGCCUUCUAUGCAUCAGGGUUAUUUUGUAUAUCAGCCUUUGGUUUGGCAAUUAUUUCCCAAGCACUGUGUUCUCGUUUCCCCAUGUUUGCUGCUAAGCUGCUCACUCACAUGAUGGUGAGCUGCCUUGGAACUCAGUUGUGCUUCCUGGUGUCCACUUUUCGCGGACGAGUCUUUUCAGAUGACAGCUGCUCAGCAUUGGCUCUUUUCAGUCAUUACUUUUAUCUGAGCCAAUUCUUUUGGAUGCUUAUCCAGGCCGUGAACUUCUGGCAGGUCUUGGUGAUGAACGAUGAGCACACUGAGCGUAGAUACUUGCUGUACUCGCUCCUGGGAUGGGGCCUUCCGUCGCUCGUGAUCAUUGUGCUGGUCAUAGUGCUCCUGGGCGGCUUUGGCUGGAGCAUAUACGCCACGUACGGACUGGUGCUGGAGGAUGUAUGUUUUAUCCCAAACAUCUAUGCGGCUCUCUGCACCGCUGUUCUGGUGCCCCUCAUCUGUCUGGUCACUGUGGGGGUCAUCUUCAUUCACGCCUAUCAGGUCACCGAGCAGUGGAAGGCCUACGACGACGUUUACAGAGGACGCACCAACAGCACAGAGGUGCCGCUGGUGCUGCUGCUGUUCCUGCUCGUGUCGCUGGUCUGGUUGUGGGCGGGGCUUCACAUGGCCUACAGACACAUGUGGAUGCUCAUCCUCUAUGUGAUUUUCAACUGUCUGCUGGGCCUGUAUGUGUUUGCUGUCUACUUUGUCAUGCACAACCAGCUCUGCUGGCCCACUAAAGCCAGCUACACCGUUGAGAUGGGUGGCCAUGACAGUCCAGACUCUGAAUAUCCAGGAGGAGGACCUGCGUCUAUCGGCGGCGACAUCAACAAAUCCACGCAAAACCUCAUCAGUGCCAUGGAAGAGGUCGCCGCUGACUGGGAGCGCACAUCUCUUCAUCCUGAGAGUGAGUCCAGCGCUGUGUUCAAAUCCAGUCCAGCGAUGGGCACGUACGGCUCCGAUGGAGGCUUCGUCAACACAAACCUGGUGAUGGCGGACGAGGAGUCGCAGGAGUUUGAUGACCUCAUAUUUGCCUUAAAAACUGGGAGUGGCCUCAACGUUAGCGACAAUGAAUCCAUCCCCGGAAGUCACGAUGGAGGAAGUGUCUCCAACUCUCAGAUUGUGGAGUUAAGGAGAAUUCCUAUCGCGGACACACAUCUGUAA